AAGUGUUGAACAAAACUUCCGGGUAUCGUAUUAAAGAAAUUCAAAUAUCUAAGCGAAUGGUUUUGCUUGAGUUGUGCAAAAUAAAAUCAAUUGCAUAUGUAUUUAAAAUCGGCGUCAACUUUAACUGUACGUUGAAUUCUCAUAUUGAAGUUGAAAUAUGGCAAGCAGAUUCUCUGGAUAUUUGACUUCUUCUGUUGGUUUAAGAUUGGGUAGUGCAGUUCUACUUGUCGGAGUUACAGCUCAUCUUGUAGGAUAUUCGGUAGCACAAUGGGCUUCCACUUAUGUUUCCGGAGGAUUAAUCCACGGUACUAGCAGUAGUUGGGUCAACCUUUAUGUUGGGUUAUGGCAGCGUUGUGUUUGUGCACCAAACAGCGAUACGGAAACGUGUACAUGUGUACCCAGAAGUGGUGAUCCAGCAUGGUUCAAAGUCAUACAGGUGAUGGAAACACUCGGAUUGAUAGGACUGAUUUUUUCUGGGAUUAUUUCCUUGGUUCUUGUGUGUUACAGGCAAACAAAGACGAUAACAAUGACCAACACAAUCCUCAUUUUCUGUUCAGGUGUUUGCAUCCUUAUCGGAUUGGUAAUAUUUGUAUCAUAUGGCGUUGAGAACAACAAAGAUUUCAAAGACAUGUUUAGUAUAGUCGCAACAGCUGACGUUAAAGACAAUACGCUUAGUGCUUCUUUUUUCCUGUGUGCUCUGGCUGCUUUUAUUUGUUUCGGUGUUCUACCACUCUUUAUGGUAGGUUUAAGAACACUCGUACCACCAGCCAACCGGCAAACGAUCCCCGAAUCAAACGAAAGUCAAGUUACAAGCCCUCGUCCUUGUCAAACACAGAAGAUUUGCAACGCAGGUCAGUCACCAAUUUGUCACCAAUCCGAACAUAUGCAUGGGCAAUAUGGAAAGCCACCAGCAUAUGAGCAAUACGAAGCGCCACCGGCUUACACAUAUGAAAACCUCGAAGCGCCACCGGCAUACACAUACGAACAACACGAAACGUCGACGGAACACAUAUAUGGACAAAAUGAAGCUCCGACACAUUCUCCAUAAGAGAUGGACGGAACACCUGUAUGAUUUAAAUAAUCCGGUGUUUACCCUCCUAAACGUGAAUAUAAGUCAAAAUUAGCUUGUCACAUUUAUACAUAGAGACAAAGAAACCAAUGGCAACAUAAACGUUAUGAUAUAUUACUUCAUACCUAUAUAAUUUAACCAGUUGAAAGCUUUUCUUUCUGUCACGUUACGAUACGACAAAAACCAAUAAUGUAGUUUGAUUUAAAAUGUAUUCACGGUCCUUUUAAGUAUAUAUUGCAAUAUCCAAAGCAUACACUCCAAAACCGCCAUAUUGUUUUCAUAUUGAGUCCAAUACAUCCAUGUUUUCGUACUGGAUGUGACAAGUCUUCCAAUUCCUUUAUGCAAAUGGUCGUUCUUGAUUAUUUCCCUUGCAUAAUUCCUUUUGUCUGUUCACACCGGAGAAAAUAUUUCAUAAAAAUGCAAUAACUUGCUUAUUUGUGAACGGAACAUACACAUCUACGACCAUUUCUAACCCGACACCUAUAUAAUGCCAUGUAGUGUGAUUAUUUGUGAACGCAUUUUGUUCAAAUUUUGAAUAUAAAUAAUUCAACACAUAA